AUGAAGAUGAUUCUCUGGGACUGGGACUUUAAACAGUGGUACAAACCCCAAUACCAGAACGCUGGUGGUGGGAGCGGCGUGGACCUGUCUGUGCUGAACGAGGCGCGCAACAUGGUGUCGGAGCUGCUGGUGGACCCGUCCCUGUCCCCGCAGGUGGUGUCCUCGCUCCGCAGCAUUAACAGCCUCAUGGGGGCGUUCUCGGGCUCCUGCAGACCCAAAGUCAACCCCUUCACCCCCUUCCCCGGAUUCUACCCCUGCGCGGAGGUGGACGACGCCAUGGACAGAGGCGAGCGCAAGUUCCACAAGGGGCUGAACAGCCGCAGCAGCCUACCCACCCCUCAGCUUCGCCGCAGCUCCGGGGCUUCUAGUCUGCCGCCCAUGGAGCUGUCGGCUUCCAGGUGGGAGAGAAGUAACGGGAAGAGAUCUCAUCAGGAUUACAGCGCCUCCAGUCAUGGAUCUUAUCCGAAUGGGCCCUUCAGUGCCAACCUGCUGACAAUACCAAAGCAGAGGUCGUCGUCUGUGACUCUGACCCCCCACCUGGGCUCCAGGAGAGCUGGUACUUCUCCCAGUCUGAGCCCAGUGAACUCGCCCAGUCACAGUUCUGCGUUCAGCCGCUCGCCUGUUGAGUUCCCAGACACCGCUGAUUUCCUCACAAAACCAAGUGUUACGUUACAUAAAUCUGUGGGUCACCCGUCAGGUUCUCAGGACUCCCCAUUCCGACCAUCCACAAGCCAUACGUGUCACAGUUGUGAUCACAAGAUUUUUAAAUCUACUUCAAACUCAGAAUCACCGGACGGCGGCGCAAAACCCUGUGCGGAGAGUCCUCUGCGGAGAUCAGGUGAAAAUUCCAGCGUCCAGGCUGAUCCUUUGCACUUACCGGACAGGACGCAGGAAAAACGACUGCAGGGCGACCGCAAGACACUGACUGAGGACGACGAGGAACCACCAGGACCAGCACGCUCCGACCGACAGUCAGAGAUCGAGGAGGAGUCGGCUCUGGAUUUGCUGAUCGAGGAUCAGGACGAGUUGUUGCAGAAAAUGGAUAAUUGGAAUUUUCCGAUCUUUGAUCUUAUGGAGAAGACGGGAGGAAAAUGUGGGCGGAUCCUGAGUCAGGUCUCCUUCACCUUGUUCCAUGAUACGCGUUUGUUUGAAAUCUUCAAAAUUCCUGAACGAAAAUUCAGAAAUUUCUUCCAGGCCUUAGAGAGCGGCUACCGGGACAUUCCAUACCAUAAUCGUACUCACGCCACGGACGUCCUGCAUGCGGUCUGGUUUCUCACCACGCGGCCGAUCCCUGGUUUCCAGGAGUUGUCCAGCGAUGAGGCAGAAUCGGACUGUGGUGUCAGUCACACAUACUUGUCCUCGAGAAGUUGUCAGAUCACAGAUGACAGUUAUGGCUGCUUGGCGGCGAACAUCCCGGCCCUGGAGCUGAUGGCUCUGUACGUGGCGGCUGCUAUGCACGAUUAUGACCACCCUGGUCGCACAAAUGCCUUUCUCGUGGCCACGAAUGCACCACAGGCCGUUCUGUAUAACGACAGAUCCGUUCUGGAGAACCACCACGCCGCCGCCGCCUGGAACCUCUUCCUCUCGCAGGCGGAUUACAACUUCCUGACGUAUCUGGACCACGUGCAGUUCAAGAGGUUCCGAUUCCUGGUGAUCGAGGCGAUCCUCGCCACCGACCUCAAAAAACACUUUGAUUUUCUGGCCGAGUUCAAUGCCAAGGUGAACGAUGUGAAUAGUAACGGCAUAGACUGGAGUAAUGAGAACGACCGGCUCCUGGUCUGCCAAGUGUGCAUCAAGCUGGCGGACAUUAACGGCCCGGCAAAAACCCGCGAGCUGCACCUGAAGUGGACGGAAGGCAUCGUCAAUGAGUUCUAUGAACAGGGGGAUGAGGAGGCGACUCUGGGAUUACCCAUCAGCCCCUUCAUGGACCGCUCCUCCCCACAGCUCGCCAAGCUCCAGGAGUCCUUCAUCACACACAUUGUGGGGCCCCUGUGUAACUCCUACGAUGCCGCCAGCCUGCUCCCCGGGAAGUGGCUAGACGAGGAUGACGAGGGGACGGAGAGUGAUGAUGAUGAUGAUGAAGAGGAGGAGGAAGAUGGCGACGACCUGGACACAGAGGAUGAAGAAGUGGAAGAGAUCGGACGGAAGCUGAAAAGAAGGAAGGGGCGGCGGAUGUUCAGCGCCAUCAUGCAUCACCUGCGGGAGAACCACAAGGCGUGGAAGAAGGUUAUAGAGGAAGAGGAGAAAGCCAAGGCGGACGGUGGCAAAGCACAGCAGAGCGAGGGCUCCUCGAUGUCUCCUUCAGACGAGAUCCAGGUGAUCGAGGAGGCGGAUGAAGACGAGGAGCGGAUGUCUGCCGAGGAAGGGCUGAGAACUGUCCGCCAUGACUGUGAUGCUUCACCUACCUAGUAGGCCUGAUAACUGUGAGGACCCGGCUCUCCGGCGCCCCCUACUCUGCACUUUCACCACGUCUAGACGUUACCCAUUGUACGACUUGUGCCCUGAUUGGUAUCCUGGUACCAUUACCGAUGCUGCCUGGCGCUCCGCAACCACGGUACAGUCACAUAGAACGACCAAAGCCGCCGCGAGGCUGGAGCAGAAGACGCCGCUCCGGGUUCACCCUCGUGCCUCGCCCAAGUUGUUUUUUUUUUUAUUUUAUUGUAGUUGGAACUGUGCCUGUGACAGAGCUACGGCGGCGUGGACCGAAGGUUACUUCAUGGUGCGGUCCCCCUAACCCGCGCGGCUCCGUCUGUCCCAAAGACUCAAACCACGCAUUAUUCAGUUUUUUUAUGAUUGCGGACGCGUCGUUUUCUGAUGCCUUUUACAUGUAGAAUAGAGAUGAGCGAAUUUCCGCUUAUGAAAUUCGUUCACACUUUGUUUGUAGACAAAAGGUGAAUUG